CAAUAAGUAGCGAUAAUAGAAAUUGUCAUAACACAUUAAAUUAGUAGUUGUUUAUAAGAUAUACUGAAUAAACAAUUUGCUAAAUUACAUUUUCGGUGAUUGUCUUGGUUAUAAAAAAUUGUUUAUUCGUUAAGAUGUUCAAUUAUAGAUAUCUAUAAAAACCUCCAAGCUUCGUGACGUAAAAUCGAUAACCAGCAUCCAACGCAGUAGGCAGCGAUUGGUCGUAUCUAUGGGAAUCCCAGAGACAGCCGCAGAUACUAAAAUAUAAAACCGCGCGCAUAUAUUGACCUACUUUUAUGGUUAUCUGGCCAAUUAACCAUUAAACUCUCAAAAAUCCCUACGUUUUAACACGAUGUUAGUCCAUCAGAAGCAACUGAAAGAGACGAGUUGUCCACAAUUGAGUGUUCUGCUGUUAAUGUUCCUCUCAACUCUCGUUAUGUGUGAAACAGACAACUACUUGAAACAAAGAGAUGCCAUAUUGAAAAGGGAACAAGAAGAAUUCAUAGGUGGUAAUAUGGUACUAACCCAAAAAGAAGAAAAGGUCAACGGGUAUCUGUUAGAAUUAAAAAAGAACGAAUUGGUGGAAUCUUAUAAGAAUUUCAGCGCGUUCUUGCCCGCUAAAAAUUUCUUAAUAGCAAAGGAGGACAUUGAACUAUCAAAGGUUUUUCAAUUUAUAAAAAAAGUUCCAAAAGCUGCAUCGUUGCAUACUCAUAUGUUGGCAGGAGUAAAUGCGGAUUACAUCAUCGAGAAUUUUAGUUACAUGGAGAACGUUUACGGAUGUUAUAACGAAAUGCAGGUUUUCAAGUUGAGAGUGCUGAAGGAUGCCAAACAGGAUGGGAAUUGCUCUUGGAAAAGUUUGAAAACUUACAGGAAAGAAUUACAACAAAACAACACAAAUUUCGACGAUUUCCUUAAAUCCAAAUUAACACUGGACGAAACCUUCAUAAACCAAAGCAGAGAAAACGUAUGGGCCAAGUUCAAAAAUCUUUUUUCCACAAUUUACGACUUGGUUUCAUACAAACCACUGUUCCAGAAGUUCGUUUAUCAACUCUUAAAGGAGCUUUAUGACGAUAACGUAUUUUACACUGAAUUAAGAGGCACCUUUAUGCCAUUAUAUGACUUAAAUGGCACCACGUAUGACGCAAAAGUCUUCUUUGAAACACUGAUGGCUACAGUAGAAGACUUUAAAAAAGACCACCCGAAUUUCUUAGGGGUCAAGUACAUUCAUAGCAUAUACAGAGGAGUGGACAAUAGUACCCUUAAAAACGCUCUGGAAGAACUUAUUUAUUUUAAAAGCUUAUAUCCAGAUUUUAUUGCUGGCUUCGACUUUGUGGGCCUGGAAGAGGAUGGUCGAAACUUAUUGGAUUUCCAUGAAGAAUUAUCGGGAGUUGCCAAGGAUUUGAAAUUCUUUUUUCAUGCCGGCGAAACUAACCAGUUUGGUAAAACGGAUCUUAAUUUGUUGGACGCCAUUUUAUUGAACUGCUCCAGGGUGGGUCACGGAUUCGCUUUGGCGAAACAUCCAGAGUUAAUGGUGAUGGCUAGGAAUAGAGAUAUCGCUGUUGAGUUGUGUCCUAUAUCCAAUCAAGUCUUAAAGUUAAACCAAGACCCCAGAAACCACCCUGCCGCGGUCCUUCUAUCGAAAAACUACCCCAUAGUGAUUUGCAACGACGAUCCUUCAGCAUGGGGUGCAACUGGAGUCAGCUACGACUGGUACGUCGUCUUUAUGUCAAUGACAUGGGAGAACCAUGGUUUAGCGGUCCUAAAAAGUUUCGCCCUAAACUCCAUAAGAUACAGUGGGAUGUCCGAGAGGGAGAAAAUCAAUGCCCUAACAGUUUGGGAACGGCAGUGGGACCAGUUUAUAGAUGACAUAUUAGAAAAUUUAAGUUAAUUAAGGUGGUAUUUAGAGCUGAUAUUCAUCAUCAGGUUAAUGUUGGAAAUAGACGGCGUUUAGAUGUUCCACGACAUCGAAAAGAAAUUUUUAAACGAUCAUUUUCUUAUAAUAUUGCAUCUGUAGUAAAUAAAUAUAUUACCACCGUCUAUAGAUUACAAUUGUAAUUACAAUUGUAUAGAUUACAAUUGUAAUUACAAUUGAUUACAAUUGUAAUCUAUAGACGGUGAUAUUACUGAUCUUUCGCUAACGACAAACGGCUUCCGAAAAUGCAUGAAAUCUAAGCUCCAGAAUAUUAUUUAAAAACGGAGCAAUGCAUUUAAAAAUAUGAAAUUUGGAUUUGUUAUAGGUUUUUAUGUUUGUAUAUUCUCUUUUUCAUUUUAUUUAUGUAAAGAUGUUUUAAAUGUGUUUCCUCGAUUUUUGUGCACUAUUUAUUUAUUUUUCUUUGGGUACUUACUAUUAGAUACUUUUUUUGGUUAAAUUAUUCUACUUUAUAGGCUACAACGGCCCUCAACUGCGUUGAGAAGCUGAAAAGAUGCCUUUUAAUCCGCAUUUUGUCCGACAUUUUUUGUUACAAUGAUGUUUUUUUACAGCUUUGUAAAGAUAUGUAUAUGUGGAUUAAUAAACGUUAUUCUUAUUAUAA